CGGCAGCGGCAGUGCCACACCACCGGCUGCCGGUGCCCGGGAUCCAACACGGGUUUCUACAGCUGGCUCAGCUUCUUCUAGCAGCACCAGUGCCUCUGCACUCCAACGUAGCGCUGGUGGCACCAUUUCUGCAGCUGGUUCAUCUUCGUUUAGCAGCAGUGCCUCUGCACGCCAACGUAACGCUGGUGGCACCACUUCCCCGGACACUUCAGAAUCGAUGCCGCAGGAAGUACAAAACGGUCUGAGGAGUUGGUUCCAAGAGGCGACAGACACGUCGGAGAAAAGAGCGCGCGCGAAUAGAGAGAAGCAGGCCGCCGCAAAGCGGGCGAAGCGGGUGGAGGGGAUCGCGAACAUCCCUGCUGCGCCGGAGCGAGAGGAGAGGAUCGAGAGGGACCGUGCGGUCGUCAGCCUGGCCAAACGGAGGGAGUCCAAGGCCAAGGCUGGGGCGGCGGCGGGCAAGAAGUUCAGCAGGCGGGGAGCUGUCUCCAAGAGAACCCCCAAGAAAGAAGUCCAGGUGUCAGUCCUUGAGCGGAUCAAAAAGUACCCGAACGAAACCUUGUACAGGUCUCGCACUGGGACGCUGAAGUGCCGAGCGUGCUUCGGCAAGGAAAUCAAGAAUUUCAGUUACCGGGUGGACUCCCACAUCGACGGGAAGAAGCACAAGGAAAGAGUGGCGAUGACGCUGGAGACGGACGGCGAGGACCAGGUGUUUGUUUUGCUCUGUCGCCGCGUCCCUGUCCUCGCGAUUGUAGAUUGUGCAAUCCCACACGCCACAACCUACAACCUAACGAUGGGACUGCUUUCGGUCAUGCUGUACGUGUUCGUUUCGUCGCUACAGAAUUUGCUCCACGUGUGUCUCAAGCGCUCCGAAGAGCAAGGAGGGACUUACGGAGACUCGCUGUCAGACAAGGACAAGCUCACACAGAUCAAGGCGGUGAAGGGUUGUUUGGCGGCAGGUGUUCUGCUGAACGCGCUGGGCAACCCUGUGUUCGAGAAGUUCCUCGCGCACGUCAACGUGAACUUGCCAAGCUCCGGGCAUCUGGCUGAGCACAUACCUUUGAUCCUAGAGGAGGAGGUGGCACAGCGUGUUCUGCGGUUGAGCAUGCUGAAGAAGAGCAUGACGGCGGACGACAUUGCUGCCGGGGAGGGCGUGAAGGAGGCGUUGUUUGUGGGUGGCGUUCUGUCGUUCAUAGCGCCCGAGACGAGUGGGGCGAAGAUCAAGGUCCUUGAGGACAACAAGGGGGCUCUCGCCUUAAUCGAGAACCCGUUCAGCUCAGCGAGGAGCAAGCACAUCAACGUACGGUUCCAUUUCAUUCGCGAGCUAUUCAAGUCGUGCAAGAUCACUGCAGAGCAUGUUCCGACUGGAGAGCAGCACGCCGACAUGCUGACCAAGGUCCUUGGCAGAGAGAAGUUAGAGUACCACUGGAAGGCUCUGAUGAACCUACCGAUGUAG